GUGAGAGAAUGGAUUUGCCCGGCCGAGUAUGCGCGGCAGCAGCUGCACUUUACGGCAGCGGCCUCUCGCUCGGAAGUUGAAUUGAAUUCGCCCCAUAAUUUCUUGUCACCAUACCAGUAUCACUGAUUAUUAUUAUUUUUUCUUCUGCGUUACUUACACAAAUUAGGGGUGGGAUGCAUUAUGCGUCACAUUUUGCAUACAAUGUAUCCCACACAUAACUAGUCUUAAGAUAGCAUCCUUUUAAACCAGUGCAUUUAUAAAUCACACAGGUUAUGUGGCUGACUGACCUCGUACCUGGUUUUAAGCAGCUAGAGAACCUGUGGAAAGCCUAUGUUUAGUAAUGCUUGUAUAAUUAUGGCUAAAAGUGCAAAGGACAGAUUUUUCAAUAAAAGCUUCCUUGUUUUUGACACAUCUCGAAUAACGCGCGUGCCACACGGGAAACUGGGAGUAGGGAGGCCAAUCCCAGGCCAUUUUUACAGUCCCGGGAUUCGGGAUUGAAAAAUGCUCAAUGUCGGGAUUCCGGGAUUGAACUGUACUUCAAUUAACCCCCGUUUCAAGAUCAUAAUUAAAAAAAAAAAAAGUAUUCACUAUGGAGUAGAGGGGUCCCCGAGGUCAUUCGGAGUGUGAGUACUGUUACCUCGUCGUGUGUCACUCGCAGUCCACCUGCUUUGGGCUCUGUAUGUAGAGUGACGAGUCACCCUCCGUUUAAAAGGGUGUCGUACGGUAUGCCGGCGCUCGGGCUCCCGGCGACCAGCAUACCAGCGCCGAGAGCCUGAUCGCCGGCAUACCGUCAGUGUGGCGAGCGCAAAGUGUGCGACACUGUGUGCACUUGCCACGCUGCGGGCACGGUGGCGCGCUAUGCGCGCCACACUAUUUUAUUCUCCCUCCAGGGUGGUCGUGGACCCACACGAGGGAGAAUAGUUGUCGGUAUGCCGGGUGUCGGGAUUCCGGCACCGGUAUACUGUGCGCCGGUAUCCCGACAUUCAGCAUACAGAAGACCACCCGUUUAAAAUGAUGGCAGGCUGGCUUUUUAUGUUUUUGGUACAAUUGUUUCUUGCAGUGUCCUUCUAUAGUGACAAGAAGCCUGAUGUGCACAUGAAACAUGCCUAACCGUUAGCUCAACCACAAGACCUGCCUAUCGCAAUUUCCUCUACCAAUGAAAUGCGCAAAGAAACAACAAAUCAAAGGAGCAUUGGAUGCAUAAAGUGAUUAUUUCAUGUACUUUGUAUCUUCGUGGAAAUCUUGUGGUUAACCAUUACAUUUGCAUAGUUGGAAAAUUCUGGCUAGACAAGAACAAUUUAGUUUUAUAUUUGCAAGUUAAUAAGUUUCUGACGACUAUAAGCUAGCAGCGGGGAUGUUCUAUCCACCAUCACUUGCUAUGUACGAUGGGCCCAGCUGGCAUGGGGCUGCUGACGUCACACCAGUGGUGAUUCUGCCCCUUCAGUUAUCUGUGAUCCUCAUUCCACAGUUGUUCUUGUGCUCUCUAUGGGGUAUAUGCAAUUGCGGUCGAAUUUCAGAAAAAGUCGAAUUCCGGAACGUUUUCGCCUCAAAAAAUCAAUUCGCCUAUGCAGUACAGUACUUUUUCGCAAAAAAACGGACAUUCAGAAUUCGACUUUUGUCAUUUCGACUUUUUUCGCAUUCGACUUUUCUGCAAUGGUACAGAUGCUGCAAUUCGCCCCAAGCAUAUUCAAUUCAAGUUUGGAAAUUCGCCUGCAGUACUUUUCGACCGCAAAUUCGCCUAUUUCAGUCCGCCUCAGUUGACUGGCGGGUUCUCAAAAAAAAUUUUUAGAACAUAAUUUUUUGGGAUAUUUGAGGAUUGCUAGUAGCAUAUCUAUUUAUAUUUGAAAGGAUUAUCUACUUGGUUUGUCUUUUUUUGCUUCACAAGUAUUAUUUAAUUGAUUUUUUAAAGGAAUACUUUUUUCUUCAAUCUCCUGAGGGAAUUUUACCCAUGAUUCCACAGUUUUACCCAGGAUACACUUCUGCAAAGCCCCUCCUAUCUCCUCACUCCUGGGUUUGAGACUACAGGGAGAAGGAGCCAUUUUACAGUCAGCUCUGUGGAAUCGUUUUUUUAGGAAAAUCCCUGCGUUUUAAAACACAUUCCUAUUUUUGUACUGACUACAAUGAUGGAGCCUUUUUCUGACCAGAUUGUGUUGUUCAUGCUGGCUGCAAGUAUGAUGGAGGAAGAAGGUGCUGAUGAACAUCAGGAUCCAGGUCAGCAAAUGUCUGCAUUGGGUGAGCCAGUAUUGCGGGUUUCAUUUCCACGUCCACGCCAGUAUCGCACUAGGCGUGAACUGGAGGAUCUCAGCGAGUUCGAGGUGAUACAAAAUUAUCGCUUAUCGACUCGCGACAUAUAUUCGCUGUACGCUCUGUUGGAGGCCGACUUGGAACCUCGGGCACGGUCAAAUCGUGCAAUCAGCGGUUUUCAGAAACUGCUGGGGACGUUACAUUUUUUGGCGUCAGGCACAUUCCAGCCUACACUGUCUCAAACAUGCGGUUUUUCUCAGUCGACACUGUCGCGCUGUAUAACCCAAGUCAUUAGGGCUUUCCGCAAAUUGACGAUCCAGUACAUCACAUUUCCAGAGACGGACAGCGAAUGUCGUGAGAUCAAAUUAGGCUUUUUCAACAAAUACAAAUUUCCCAAUGUGCUGGGCACGAUUGACUGUACCCACGUGCAGAUCAGACCGCCACGGAAUUCAGAGGAAUGUUUUCGGAACCGAAAACAGUUCCAUUCCCUGAACGUGCAGGCGGUCUGUGAUGUAAACAUGAGAUUUUUGAACAUUUUUGUGGGAUUUCCUGGAUCAUCUCACGACUCCUUCAUCCUAAGCCAGUCAUCGCUGUUUGACAAGUUCGAAACAGGAAACAUGCCUGGUGGCUGGCUGUUAGGCGAUGCGGGUUAUCCAAACAAACCGUGGCUGUUGACCCCAUUGUCUAAUCCUGUUGGUAGAGCAGAAAAACGUUACCAAGAGACACACAUUGCAUCGAGGGGAGUAAUUGAGCGUGCCUUCGGUGUACUUAAAAGCCGGUUUCGAUGUUUAGACACUUCCGGCGGUGCUCUUUUGUACUCACCGUCGAAGGUUUGCGGCAUGGUAAAUGCAUGUUGUAUUUUACACAACAUAUGUGUCGCAAACCGUUUGCCGGUGACUCUUCGUCGUAGUGCUUUCCUACGCGGAAACCGGUCUUCUGCUCUACCGGUGGGUAUGGGCGAAGGAGAGGAUUCCCGGCGGACAGUGAUACAAAAUUUUUUUGCAGUUACCUAGGUUUACAUCCUGUUGAUGUGUAUCCCCAGGCCGUGUUUAUACAGUUUGUUCCCCCCUGUUUUAUCCUGUUUGGUUACCGCAAAUAUUUGACCCUUUUAUCCAACUCUACCAUGGGCGACCUAAUGGUGAUGUGGACCUGACCCUCCGCCAUGUAGCAGACAACCCCCUCAGGUGAGAUGGAUUGCCCAGAACUCCCUUUGUCCAAAAUCACCCCGGCAUGUCCAAAGUGCAGCACUCCGGCAUUUGCAAGACUGCACAUC